AUGCACACACAUGCCACUGCGCCUUGCAAGGAGCGCGCUCAAGGCAGCAGCAGCAGGGCAGAGAAGCCAAAGAAGCGGGCGAACACCAGCCGAACGAGCACUGCUCCGUCACGCUCCGUCAUGUUUGUGGUGUUUCAAAUGAUCAUCUGCGUCAGCGGCAUUUACAUCUGUUUUGGCCUCUGGUCUAUUAAACAGGAGCGCGUUGUGACGAAGCCGUACCGUGCGAUGGUGGCGGCUGAAGAACACGCCGAAAUGGCGAGGCUGUCUACUGUCUUUGUGAUUGGCUUCGUUCAGGCCAUCACGGGCACGCUCGUUGGGGCGCUAUUGCUGCUUCUAGAGAAAUUGUACGCCAAGUUUUUUUUGCCCCCGCAGGCCACAGCGAAGGUGGGGACGGCAACGACGGGGCCCACCUUGAAAAAUGUGACGACGGUAUCGACGCCAAGAAAUGGGGCGAAGGAAACACCAGCAGGGGCAGCUUCACCUCCGGCAGGAGCUGCAAAGGCGGAAUACGUUGCUGCAUUACGUCUGACGUCAGUGUUGGGGUUUACGAACGCGUUCGGAUCCAGUAUGGGCUAUGCUGCGAUGAGACGUUUGCCGUACCCGGUUGUGCUUGCAACGAAAAUGUCAAAGAUGGUCCCCGUUAUGUUGGUUGGCUUCUUUUGGCAUGGCACGCGAUAUUCUUUGAGUAAAUGCGCGGCUUGUGUUAUUAUCACAAGUGGUGUUUUUUGUUUUUAUUUCCUGGGGGAGAAGCAGCCUCCACAUAAAGAGAGACGAAGAGACAACAGCGCGAUGAUGAGCACCUGGGUGGGAUUUUUGCUGCUGUUUUUUAACCUUGUUACGGAUGGAUUCACAAAUUCCACGCAGGAUGUGCUCGUCAAGCGACUGCAAUGGGGGGGAAAUCAGCUUAUGUUUUUCACCAAUCUUGCGACUAGCACAUGGCUGUUACUUGUCCUCAUUACAUUGGAGGCACUCCACCCAUUGGCUACUGUGAUUCUCGAGGCAGAAGAGUUGACGAGCACCAUGCUUUCAGACGCCUCUCCGAUGGCCACUAUUCUUUCCAGCAUUGACACCUGCGUCCGCUGGUACCUUCGCGACGUCGCCCCACUGAAGGAUCUCUCGCGCACAUGGCACUUCUUUCAACGCUACCCGGAGGCCUUUAAGGAUGUCGUGGAGAUGAGUUUUCUCAGCGCGAUCGGACAGUUUUUCGUUUUCCGCACCAUCUCCUUGUUUGGAAGUCUCACGCUGACUGCUCUCACGCUGCUGCGGAAGUCAGGGAGCGUGCUGUUGUCAGUCAUUAUCCACGGCCACCAUGUGGCUGCUGGACAGUGGUUAUCCCUCCUAGUCGUCUUUGCGGGGGUUGUUUGGGAGGCCUGCGUGCAUGUGCGCAAGGCGGCCCCCUCAGAGCCGGGGCGCUCCGCCUGCGUGGUGAACAAGGACGACAAGAAAGUCAGCAGCAGUCAUUGUGGAAGUAGUGUGUGUGGCACGAAGGGCGUCGCGAAAGCCGCGGGAAGUCCUCGUUCAGUUGACGGCGUCGGGUGUGUCGGCAUGUGUGCUUCAGCUCGUGCUGCAUGA